AUGUCGCCGGAGCAAGUUCGAAAAGCUUUUAUUUGUGAGAAACACUUCGAACAGCGGUUUGUUUCGGCAUCGACACGGCGUCUCAACGCGAAGGCUUAUCCUUCGUUAUUCAGUCAAGAUGAGAUUAACAGUGGGAUCCCAUCUCAUGAAAAUGCCGAAAACAUGGAUCCGCUGAAAGAACAUGCAUAUGUUCGUAAAUCACAUGACGACCACACAUACUGUCAACAAGUGCCUCAAAAAGCGUCUCCUGCCAUUCCAUCCACAUCGGGGGUUAAAUCAACCGCAGUGGGCCAUACACCAAAACAGACUAUGGCCGUUUCUAUAGCCACAGAACCUGUCCCGACAACUUCAGACAUUGAAAAGGAGACCAUGCCCGAACUAUGCAGCAGCUUUAUUACAGAACUUGUUGUAGCUGAGAAGGUUACAGCUUGUAUUUCACCUAGUGUACAGUCACACAAUGAAGCAGUCUUUGUAACAACUGCUGAAGCUGCAAUCAAACAAUCAAAUGCUGAAGAGCAGCAGAUUUUGCCAGAAGCAAAUAUUCCAGAAUGUGUUGCGGUUGAGGAGGUUACCUCUACCAAUUCACCAAGGGAACAGUCUCAAGUUCAAAGUGUUGUUGAAGUUAAAGUUCAAAGUGCGAAAAGGCCACAGAAGCAGAGGAAACGAUUGAUUGGGAAAUUAAUGAACCUGACACCAACGGGCCGAAUGAUAUACGACGAAUAUAAAAAAUCUAAACGUCAGGCAGAUUUUUACCACAUGGCUAAGAGGGCCUUGAAAUUCAACAAAGACAAAUCCUUUCAAGAAUUGACAAAAGACAUGAAUCCACCGAAAAAUGGAGCUACAAAAAAAACUGUGUUCAGUCAUAUUUGA